GAGCCACAUACUGCAGGCAGACUCGGAUGAAGAAUGCCAGCUGUGGAUCAGUGCCUUGAAUGCCAGCAUCAGCCAUGCCUACAAGGACACACUCAAUGAGAACAAGAAAGCUGUGAGUGCCUCAUCUAAAGAAUCUAGUCAGAGUGAGGCAGCUACUCCACCGGAGGGUAGACAGAGCAAAGCAAAAGUGCGAAUGGAGCAGCUGCUAGUCAUCUCAGGCAACUCCCGCUGCUGUGACUGCGGUGCCUCUGAGCCCAGGUGGGCCAGCAUCAACCUCGGCAUCACCUUGUGCAUAGAAUGCUCUGGGAUUCACAGAAGUUUUGGUGUGCACUUGUCAAAGGUGCGGUCCAUCACAUUGGACACCUGGGAACCAGAGCAUUUGAAGGUGAUGCUGGAGCUGGGUAACGAUGUGGUCAAUAGAAUUUAUGAAGCAGAUGUAGAUGAAUCCGUGGCUGCAAGGGCAACCCCAGACUGUAGCAGAGUGGCAAGAGAAGCCUGGAUUCGAGCUAAAUAUGUCCAGAAAGCAUUUAUUAAAAAGCUUCCGGGAAUCAACAAAGCCAACUGUCAACGAAAAUGGAGUGUCCGGAAAAAGUUUAAGCACUCGCCUGCCAGGAAGUUAAAGAAAGACCAGACUGAAGACAUAAGCAUCAAAUCUGUUGAUUCUAGCAGUGUCAAAAAAGAUGAUGCAUCUUCAGUCUCAGAUUCCGAGGACCUGACCAGCGGCCUCAUGGAAGCCGUGUUGUCUGUCUCUAAAGCUGCUCCCGUAGAAAAUAACAGCACCAGCAGUGGCAUGGGCAGCCUCAGUGAUGUGAAUGCUGCAGCAGCUGAGGGGAUCGUCUUUGGGAGCGAGAGUCCCCUGACAGAUGUCAAAGGGCUGAAUAAGAGUUUUGAUCUGGAGAGCUCUGAUGAUUCAUGCCAAGAUUAUGAUGAUGAUGUCUCCGGGGCUGGGGAGAGUGGCUUUGGGGACGGCGAUGAGUUCACCACCUCCUGGGAAGACAUGAACAAACUGGAUCCGAACCUUCUCCUGUACAAAGCUAGUGGGGCUAGAAACUUACCUGUGAUGCUGGAGGCUUUGUCCAACAGGGCUGAUCCUAACUGGGUCAACAUGGAGGACGAGGGAAAGACUCCUAUAAUGAGAGCAGUUCAGACAGGCUCGCUGGCAGCCUGCGAGUUCCUCCUGCUCAACAAUGCCAAACUGGAUCGGAAGGACAGAAAAGGAAGAACCCCCUUACAUCAUGCAACAAUCUUGGGUCACACCGGGCAAGUUUGUCAGUUUUUAAAGAGAAGAGCUGACCAAAAUGCCAAAGACAACAAAGGGAUGACUCCAUUAAUGAUUGCAGUUGAAAACGCCAAUGCUGAUAUUGUCACACUGUUGAGAUUAUCCAAACUUAAUGAUGAAAUGAAGGAAGCAGAUGGUUACCUAGGAAAUCCAGGAGAUGAAACUUUUCAAGAUGUCUUUCGAGACUUCAGCAAUAUGGCUUCAAAUAAUCCAGAGAAAUUAAAAAGGAAAUAG